AUGCUGGCCGCCGUGUCACUGCCCUUUCCCGGAGUCAUCUCCCCGCGAGAGUACCGAGGGGAUGUACAGCAGCGGCGAAUACAGAGGAAAUGGGGGGUGGCGGUGGGGGUGGCUGUCAGUGGAUCUUCCCCGCAGUCUUCUGCUACUAGCGAGGUCGGGACCGAGAUAAACGGCGCCGGGAAGAGAGUGGAAGGUGCCCGCAAUGCAGAGAAGAUGCCUGCUCCUGUUUCUGAAGGAAGAGGAGAGAAGCUCACUGUGCUCUAUGAGGAUGGUUUCGGGGAUGUCAGCGUUAAGGACUAUCUCGAACGGGCUCGGGAGAUUAUCAAGCCGGACGGCGGAGGGCCCCGCUGGUUCUGCCCCCUCGAGUGCGGUGCCCCUUUGAAGGGUUCCCCAUUACUUCUGUUCUUGCCUGGUAAUCUCUCUCUCUCUCUACACUGUGUGGAAACCACGAUCCAAGAGAUGGAUGGUCGACUAUCUAGGAUGGUGUUCUGUUGCCCUCGUAUGGCAAACUCGCCUCAUUGAGCUUUGUGCGUGCAGGCACUGAUGGUGUGGGUUUAGGACUGAUUCUGCACCACAAAUCUCUUGGAAGGUAAAUGCCAGAUGAGGAAACGAUUUAUCAGGAUACAUAUGCCAUAUACAUCUACAUGCCGUCUUCCACCUUUGAGAAGAAUUGCUUCAUGUGUGCUACUUACUUUUCUUAAAUCUGAUGGAAUAAUAAGUUUGAAUGUGAGAUGUAUAUAGCAAUUUCAUUCCAUGUCUUCGUGUAACUUUCCUCAUUCAUAUCUGUUUAAUGUUAUUCCAUGAUCCCAUAACAAUUCUGAAAAGUGAGCUAAUGUAGACUGCUUACCAUCUAAAACGUUUACUCAGAGACUGAGCUGGUCAUAAAUACGGAUUCCAAACGGUUGAUGAUGAAUUUUUUUGACCAUGUUAAUCAUCACUUUGGUAACUUGGUAUCAUGCUCCAUUUGAUGAAUUGAACUCCUUUAUCACUUUGCCUCCUGUAACUUUCAAUCAUCGUUCCUUUCAUUGAAGUUGUCUGAAGAUCACGUCAGAUCAACUUCAUGUAAUGAGAUUGAAAGUUGUUGUUCUUAUGAACCAAUUGGUUUGGCUAACAAGAAACCAUAUGCUGCCUUCUUUAUUGAAGAACAAAAUGCAUUCCUAAUUUUUGCCUUUUUGCUGACUAUAGGGUUUUCGAAGUUAGAUGCCUGCACAUUCCUGUUUAUGACCGCACGCCAUUUGAAGGUUUUGCCCCUUUGACAUUCUCUUGUGGAAGGCUAUUUACUUUGUUUCUAAUUCCAUUUGUCGACAGUUUCUUAAAUUAUCUAGUUAUGAAGCUAAAAACUGAUUCCUUUCGUUGCAUGCUAGAAUAUGUUGGUGAGGCUAAAAUUUGAGUCUUAUCUCACGAUGAGAAGAUCAUCACUCUGGUGAUCACAGCCAAAAGAGAUCAUCAAGGAUGUAUUUCGAUACAAAAUUUGUCUUGCAAAGUAAAUCGCCCAGAACACUAUAUAUUUGAUAUUUCAUUUGCUUAGGGAGGUGAUUGGUUACUCUCCCGUGAUGUAUAUGUGAGUUGUACGAGGCGUGUUAGUGAUCACUCUUGUACUGCAUUUCUUUUCUCUGGACAGAUAUCUUUGAUUAGCCUUCCAUCUCUUUUUACAUGGUUGAUGAAGAAGCAUAAUUGAUCUGCUAUAUGGGAAGAUAUUGUCUAUUCGUACCUUUAUUUCUCUCCUAAAACUGAAACUUGAGUUGUUGUGUUUUUGGGCUGUCUGCGUUUCCUUGUUCAAAGGUUUGCUGAAAGUCGUAGAAGAUACUGUGAGGAAUGAGCACGCCAGGACUCCAAAUAGGCCAAUCUACCUAAUUGGUGAUUCCUUUGGAGGGUGCUUGGCUCUUGCUGUUGCUGCUCGUAAUCCUAAUAUCGACCUUGUGUUGGUAUUGUCUAAUCCUGGUGAGAAUCGGAUAUUGGGUUUCAUUAGUGGAGAACAUAUUCCGUGGUAAUCUUUGAUUUAUGUUGAUGCAGCUGACAUUUUUCCUUUACUUUAGCGACAUCGGUUGGCAGGUCACAGUUGCAGCCGUUUUUCCCUAUCUUGGAGAGCAUUCCCAAUGAAUUGCACGUCACUGUUCCCUAUCUCCUUAGCUUCAUAAUGGGUAUGCCACAUCCCAAAUGCAUUUUUUUUUUCUUGCAUGUUCUUCAUAUUUUACAAAGCUUCUGCUGCGAUUGAAUCAGUGAUCUUUUAUCAUCUCUCUGUUUAUUGUUUGCAAAAGAAAUUUUUCUCUGUAAUUUCGGUCCACUUGCAUUUGCACUAUAUUCUUAAGUGCCUGGUGUUACUAUGAUUGAAAAGAUGCAUGCCAAAAACAUCUUUCUCGUCAUCUAAGGGUAUCAUCGCUUGGCUCUAUGCAUUCCACCCAUAAUUGGCUUUAAAAUAUUAAUUUAAUUUAAAUGUCAUGCGUCUGUUUACGAGCAUCUUCAUGGCAUAAUUUCCUUGGACUGGGAAAUGCCAACUGUGGUUCUUUAUUGCAUUGUGGAUGUGGUAUGGAUGAUACAGCAACUUGUAUAGAUGAUGCUCCUAGUGUUUCCUGUGUUGCUGUAUCAGGUGAUCCUGUAAAGAUGGCAAUGGCUAAUUUGCCUGGUGGGCUUUCUCCUCCUGAGACACUGGACCAGUUGUCAAGAAACCUCACUUCCUUGUUGCCCAGUCUUUCUGUAAGCAGCCGUAAUCCCAACUUUUAACUACAUAUUCCAUGGUUUCAAGUGUUAAUUAUGCCCUUUGCAAUUGUUAUCAUCAUCUUUAUGUUUUACCGCUAAAUGUGUAGUAGGAAGCUUUCAAUAGGACAUAUGGGUCAGUGGGAGGUUAUCUGUGGUUUUCAUGGUGUCUAAAUUUUCUUGGCGUGUAAGCAUUGUAUGGUGAUUCUCAGAGGGUCGAAAUAUUCACACUUUUAGGAGAUGAGCCGUUUGGCUCUUGAUUGGCAACACAGACUGGGAGUAAUUUGAACUGUGGAAUUUGUAGAAGUUCAUUCUUCUUUCAGACCUUUUCAUUUCUUCUUGGUUACCAGGUCGUGGAUGGAAUCAUGAGCAGAACAUCUCAACUUUAUAAUACAUGAUGUAAGAAUUAUCACCUGACUGAAAAGGUCAAUGGGGCAUAGUUUUGACGGUGAUGCUGGGCUCAACAAGCCAGGAUUGAAGGCAAGGGGUUUGGGUGCCUAGUAGUGCCGGCCUCAGAUUUGGGACACCUUGUGUCCGCCUCAUUAGCAGAAUAUUUUUAUUCUCCUUUUAUUAUAUAGUUUGUGCUCAGUAAUUUUCUAUAGUUAUUGUGAAUACUAUUACAUCAGCGAAAAUGAUUGUGUUUCACUGUACUUUUGAAACAUGAUUUUGGUUUAAAUUUAUAUGUUCAUUUUUUUUGUCAAUAUUAUAAAAUGUAAGGUUUAUUUGGUUUUUUCUCCACGUGAAGACAUAAAUUUUGCAAUGAGCCACUUGUUCCCUUAUGGCUAUACGGAAGUAUUUAAGGUAGAGAUAAAACCAAUAAGUCUAAACUUAGAACCAAGAAACCAAUGAAUCGACUGACGUCAUAGUUCCUCUUCUGAAAACCCCUCCUGAUUAUCUGGUGGAAAUAAUAUAAUUCAGGUGUUGAAUUACACCAUGAUUUCAGUAGUUGCAAUUUCAGAUGUUACAUUAAAAGUACCUAUCAUUACUGGUUUCAUGUAGCCUCCUUUUUAUCUGCAUACUAAUAGCCAAUUUAUCGUAUAUAAUGCUUUCUCUGCUUCCCUCCACUGAUCAAGUGAUCAAUUCUUGAGAUUAUUAGACUCAUCUGGUUUGAUAAAUGUCAAUAAAAAAUGUCGUCAUUUAUAAAUUCAAAAGAAAUUAUGUCUUGUAAUGUCAUUUAUGGAUUGACCAUAUCAUUCCUUGAGAAUGCUGUUGGUGUCAAAGCUGUACAAGUUGACAUUGCAUUAGAAGUCGGGAUGUGGAAAGCAAGUUGACCCUGGAGACUCAGGUGCAGCUUGGAAUAAUUUUAAAAAAGUUCGCUUCAAUUCAUAUGGGCCUCUCUACUGACAAAUUCCCUCUAAUUCUUUAAACAUCAUUACAACUGAUCUUAAUGCACGGCGACUGGGAUCUUGACAAUUGGAUUUGGCUCAUUCGAGUUGGAAUGACUCAACAAACUCUGAUUAGUGUAUCUUGUGCUUCCAAACACAGUUGAUGCUGUCUCGCACAUUCAGAAUAUUUUUUGAUUGCUUUUAAAAGACACGAAAAUUGUGAUAUCUCUGGGUAAAAUGUAACUUAUGGUUACUUUUCGCAUUAAUUUUUUCUAGUUGACUGUUGUACUAUGAAAGAUGAGGAAUUAUUUAUUUUUGAAGCAUGAUUGUUGUUGAAAAAUAAAGAAACAAUACUAUUGGUGGUUUCAUGUGACUGCUGUUCUUCGAACUAAAAUCUGGUAUGAUUUUUGUCUGUUCUAAUUUACUUGAAACUUCCUACAUAUUAUAUUUUCAAUGAUAUUAAGUCAGAAAAGAUCUUCAGGGUCGGUCAGCCAUUAUUCUGUGGGAAACUUCAUUAUGCCAUGCGGUGUUUUGCUUUCUGUUUACUUCUUACUCAUUUGUUUUCUUUCUUUAGUAGUUAACAUGAUGAGCUUUUACAGGAUUUGGCUGAUAUUAUCCCAAAGGAAACUUUAAUAUGGAAGCUGAAAUUGCUUAAAUCAUCAGCAGCUUAUGCAAAUUCUCGUCUACAUGCUGUCAGAGCUGAAGUUUUAGUGCUCUGCAGGUUUUUUUCUAAAUCCUCGAUGAUUCUGUCCAUUUCUUUACUCUUUUCAGGCUGAGAAAUAUGAUUUUACUUUUCUGAUAACACAGAGUAUGUACAUAUGUAGAGGAUAGCAUGCCAUGCAAAAGUAUCUAAAAAUAUGUUGUCUUGACCAAAAUAAGUUUUCUUACGAAGAAACUUGAAUCCUGAUACUAGAUGCAUGCGACAUCCCUGCCAACACAGAAAUAUCUCCUGCCAUUUGAGUCAAUGACAUGUGCCACUUAAGACAAUGAUGAGAAUGCUAACUGCGAAUUUGAUUACUCACAAUCUAAUCUGAUUCCGUCGUUCUUCUGGCCAGUCUGCGAACGUGACCUAGCCUUUCAUUGAAAUGACCGUAAGAUUCUUUAAGUUUGAACUCGUUUUGAACCUUAUUUAUUUUUGUUCCAACUAAUACUGGAAUUCUUCCUUCAGAAACAGAACCAGCCCCGUCUUGAUAUCUUGAUAUCUAUUAUAAGUUGAGGCUUCCACAAGUUUUCCACCCUAAAUUAUGUGACAAAUUAAUACUUUUCUGUUGAUCAGGUUUUGUGGAAUUAAUAAGCACAGUGUAUCAUAAAUUGUAGCUUCCAAAAAAAAGCGAUCAUUUAAAGAGCUAGAAUGGUCAACCUUUUUUUUUGGCAAUCAAAGAUUGUCUCAGUGGUUAUAAUUUUCUUUUAUUUUGAGAUUAUUCUCUGUGCUUACUUCCUCGUACUAAACAUUUCGACAUACUGUAUAUCUUCUUCUUGACAUCUGGAAUGUUUUUGGGUUACUCCUGUCAGCUGUACAUGUUGAAUAUUAAAUAUACAACGCUCAUGCUCAAAUCUAACAUUUUUUGCAUGUUAAACUAGUGGGAAGGAUAACAUGCUACCAAGUACUGAUGAAGCAGAACGUCUUCGCUCUUCACUAAAAUCCUGUAAAGUUCGCUACUUUAAAGACAAUGGUCAUACCCUGUUAUUGGUGAGAAUCAUUUUUUUUUAUAUUAAUUCAUGCUUUUGGUGAAAUAUUAUUCUUAUUAUUUUAUUUUUCCCAAUUACGAAAGCUAAGGUUGAAGUUGGUUAUAUGUAUGUGCCUUCAUGCAUAUUGGUGCAAGUCGUCUGAAUUCCGUUUAAGAAGUAUUUGAUGUUAAACUGGACCUGUAUGAUGAAUCGAUAUGUUAAUUAAUUCUUACACUCAUUUUUCUCAAUCAUUUGUAAUGACGGGGACUAACAUCAAUACUUGAAACUGGUGUGAAUCAAUCGUAUUGGCUAGAACCUGUCUAAACGCGAAUUGACCUGCUAAUCGCGGUUCCAGAAGUGGUUUGUUAGAACAUGACCUAGAUUUCAGUAGAUGAUCUAAAAAUAACGAGUGUAGGUAGUACAAAGUUGGGUUCACGACACCAUUCAGAGAGAGGAUAGCAAAUGAGGCACAAGGACACGCCAACCAAUAAAGGCCAUCCAUCCUGGCUACCUCCAAUCAUAUCCAGCAUGGAACCUUGACAUGUCCAUCUCUGGACAUGUCAAGUACAACCAAAAUGAAAAUGCCCAGCCAUCGCACCAUAAAGUUUCUGUAAGUGACUGAGAGCAUUUAUUUUCCUUUCUAAUCGAUUGGUGUCGGCCUACCCCAAAUAAGGGCACUGUUAUGUUAGUGGUAGUGAGUCACAUUUAAUAUGAGUCACUGUACUUAAUCUUUCUCUUCUGAAUACCUUUCCUCCUAGCUUCCCCAUUACUCAGCCGCCCAAUAAUGCUCGUCAUAUUAAAAACUCUUUAUCAUAUUUUUCACGAGGAUUUAUGCCUUCCUCCUCCCUGAAAAAGGUGUAGAAAAUGUGUCGAAUAAUAAGCUGGUCAGUCUGACAUGCUUCAAAUGGUUAUGCUUUCUCCCUACAUCAACAAUAGUUCAGCCGCCUUAUGUCUCACUCUGUUGUGAACCCGCCUUAUUUCUCCCACUUCUGCGUCCACAAGUAUUGUCUUAGUAGAACCAUAACAUCUUCAAGCUGCCCACCAACAUACCACCACACUGUUCGUCAAAUGCUUCGGUCACUAUAAUCCAUUGAUUUACAACUGUUGAGAAGAACAACUGAAGUUGUUCUAAGGCUAAGUUCCCACGUCAAUAUGUCCUUCCAAAAUGAAGUUUUUGGUCAUGAUUUGCCUCCCCAAUUCAUCCUGGCUCUUGGCAAAUCCUCAAAAUGGACAGUAAUAGCAUUUUGUCGCUCAAAUGCAAAGGAUCUGAAUCCAUGAUUAGCUGCCGUAGAUCUCCUUUUUUGGCAAAGAAAAUACAAUAGAGAGUACAGAGCUUGACAAGCAGAGAGUAGAAAGAAAUACAGCAAAAAUCGAAAUUACCCUGUCAACAAUCACGAUAGUGGUGUGCAUAUCAUUAUAAACAGCAAAAUUAAGGUAAUUUCUUUGCGACAGUUUUCUCUGAAAUCAAGUUUCAUUCAAAAGUCUUGUCUCUAACCCUAUAAAGUGUUUAUUUGGACUAUGCCCCAUUUGAUAAGUGUGCAGGCUAUUGCGUUCUUGUCCUUUCAAAAUUGUUUAUUUGUUUCCUCUUUUGCUUUGUCUUAUGUGUUGCCGUAAUGUGUACAGGAAGAUGGUUUGAACUUGCUGACCGUUCUAAAAGGUACAAGUAUGUACCGCCGUUCAAAAAAGCAUAGCUUUAUUGCAGACUUUCUUCCACCUUCGAUGACAGAAUUCAAAGAGAAACUCCCCAAUAGCAGUUGGUAGUCUUGUGUAUUAUCUAUAUUUGCAUUCCUUUUUUUCUUGUUAAGAAAAUAUAUUUAGAACAAAAAAUUCAUUUGUCUCAGGUUGAAUGCAGCAGCCAGUCCAGUUUUUCUUUCAACUCUAAAGAAUGGGGACAUUGUGAGAGGACUUUCUGGGGUUCCUAAUGAAGGUCCUGUUCUCUUAGUCGGUUACCACAUGCUUUUGGGACUUGAACUUGAUCCACUUUAUGAGGCAAUUUUAAGUGAGAAAAAGGUUAUGCUUCGUGGGUUGGCGCACCCGGCGUUGUUUACUGAGAAAUUCGAAAGCUACCAGAAAGAGGCACCUCGAAGUGACAUAAUGAGGGUGUUUGGUGCAUUACCCGUUUCACCAUUGAACAUCUACCGGCUGUUUUCAAAAAAGUCAUUUGUUCUUCUCUACCCGGGAGGUGCACGUGAAGCUCUUCACCGAAAGGUCUGUUUCUGAGGGGUUUUCAAGCUUUUACUCAUAUAUAAGCCGUCAGAUGCUGUUGUCCUCUUUGGAGAACAACGUUCUACUGAUCUUAUUGAGAUUGAGAUGUGUUACAUAUUUAUUCUAUGAAUGAUGCUCAUCAAUUCUUUUAUAAGGGUUACUACAGUCUUUGUGGCAUCCUUGUUCCCCCAUUAAAGCUUCAAAUCAUCUGUCAGAAAUUCUGCAUUUAUAGUUGUUCUGUGAUCUCUUCAAUUUAGUUUUCUCUUUCCCUGACAUUUUUCUUUUCCAUCUUCCGUUCUGUGACGGACGCCAGGGAGAAGAAUAUAUGUUAUUCUGGCCAGAUCAACCGGAGUUUGUCAGAAUGGCUGCUCGAUUCGGGGUCACAAUUGUACCAUUUGGGGUCGUUGGAGAGGAUGACGUCUUACAAGUAAUAAUGAAUACUUUUAGUCACCCGUAUAAAUCUGAUAUCAAAUUUACGAUAAUUUAGUUGUACAUAAUUUAGUUGCUUUGCUGGGCAUCUCGUUAAUGGGCUAUUCUCCAUGAGAUUUUUUUGGUGGAAUAACCACACCACUUCUCUAAAAUGUUUUAUGAUGAGAUGUCAAACUUACCCUGCAUGUGAUAAUAUCUCAGUCAAAAGAACCGAAAAACUCAAUUUCUUUAUGUUCCAUGAUCUAUGAUUAGUGCUUUUAUGAAUGCGCUCAUGAAUCAGUUGCUCUAAAAAGUAUUGAGGAUGGAAAUAUUGUGCUUGAUUGGAGAGAGAUUCCCAUAAAACCCACCCUGAGAGUAGCACGGGUAUCUCCCUUCAAACCUCGGCCUAUUUAAGUUUCUUGACCCUUUUGUUCAGUUGUGUGGUGGAGCUUAUACUUUAUUCAUUGCCAGCAUCUCAGUUAAUGAAUCACCUUUAUCUCCUUUUAAGCUAAGUGAUCGCUAAAACCUGAUAAAACUUGCUGUUGGCUUUCCAAAAUCUUCUUUGCGAUCAUCCUUUUUCUACUUCCUUUUCGUGAUUUUAAAACUAACUACUUUGUUUGUAAAACUUGCAGUUAGUUCUUGACUACAACGAUCUGCAGAGGAUCCCAUUUACCAAAGAAUGGAUACGAGAAUUGAAUGAAGGGUUUGUCAAUCUAAGGUAAUUAUGCUUUUAAAGUAAUUGGGCCCUCCAGCGCAAAAAUUAUUGGCUAUGAAUAAACUUGGGUAAUGUCUAUAACCAUGGGUUUAUUUCUACAAAAAUCAACACAAAAAUGGUGAGUCCAGUUCAAGAGCCGCAGUUGGCUCUUAUAACAUUGUAGAAUUACUGACCUAUUAAGCUCAAAAAAACUAAUUAGCUACAAGUGGAGUAGGCCUUUGUGAUCACAAGUUUCUAUACUUAGGCCAAUAUCACCCCAAAUAGGCCUGUUCACCUAGCUUGGCAAAAGGCAAUGGCAAAUAACUUCAAGCCCUUGGAAUAAAGAAAUUAUACUUGGGUUCUUGUCUGUCUACUUGAAAAGGGGAAAAAAAAAAAACAUGGUGUGUGGGUUAGUGUUCAAAAUGAAAUAUGGUAGUGAUGGCACAAUUCAGAGGCAUAAAGGGCUUCUGAUAGUGUAGCCAAUGAACUUGCAGAAACGUAUGGGAUGGAUUAUGAUGAAACAUCUGCUCCUAUUGCAUAUGACGGUCUCCACAUUUAUAUUCCUUUUUUUCUAGUUUUUUUCCUCUUGAAAAUUUGAUUUUAGUUGUGUUGCUUGAAAUUCUGAAGAAUAUGGACCUCUUUUGAACGUAGGAUGGAUGUUGAUGGGGAGCUUUCCAACCAAGAUUUUCAUCUUCCUGGGGUUCUGCCUAAGCUACCAGGGCGUUUCUAUUAUAUGUUUGGAAAACCCAUUGAAACCAGGGGAAUGAAGACCAUUAAGGAGGACCGAGCAAUGGCAGACCAGUUAUACAUGCAGACGAAGUCUGAGGUUGAAAAUAUAAUGGCUUACUUGAAGAAGAAGAGAGAGGAGGACCCGUACAGAAGCAUCUUGCAAAGGGCAUUGUACCAGGUUUCAUGGGGCUCGCGAGAGAUUCCUACAUUUGAGAUCUGA